CUGAGGGCGGGACCCCGGCCGCUGGGAGGUGCCGGCGGCGCCUGCGCAGAGUGGCGGCUUCUCUCGCGAGGACGGACGCCAUUAUCGCAUCUCCCCGACAAACACCACGAGAAUUCCGCAGCCCACACGGUAACAGACUCCAGUCCCUGGUGACCUGAAUUCUUGCUCGUCAGUGGGCCCAUCUUCACGUGUUCUGGAUGAUGUCAGAACAGGACCUGGCGGAUGUGGUUCAGAUCGCAGUGGAAGACCUGAGUCCUGAUCACCCAGUUGUUUUGGAGAAUCAUGUUGUGACAGAUGACGACGAACCCGCUCUGAAGCGCCAGCGACUAGAGAUCAAUUGCCAGGAUCCCUCUAUAAAGUCUUUCCUCUACUCCAUCAACCAGACGAUAUGCCUGAGGUUGGACAGCAUUGAGGCCAAGCUGCAGGCUCUCGAGGCUACUUGCAAGUCUCUGGAAGAGAAGCUGGACCUGGUCACCAACAAACAGCACAGCCCCAUCCAGGUCCCCAUGGUGGCCGGUUCCCCUCUCGGUGCCACGCAGACCUGCAACAAAGUGCGAUGCGUCGUCCCCCAGACUACAGUAAUACUCAACAAUGAUCGGCAGAACGCCAUUGUAGCCAAGAUGGAAGACCCCUUGAGCAGCAGGGCACCGGAUUCCCUGGAAAAUAUCAUUAGCAACGCUGUUCCUGGGCGUCGGCAGAACACCAUCGUGGUGAAGGUGCCUGGUCAGGAUGACAGCCACAAUGAGGACGGGGAGAGCGGGUCAGAGGCCAGUGACUCCGUGUCCAAUUGCGGGCAGCCGGGAAGCCAGAACAUCGGGAGCAACGUCACGCUCAUCACCUUGAACUCUGAAGAGGACUACCCCAAUGGCACCUGGCUUGGUGACGAGAACAACCCUGAGAUGCGGGUACGCUGUGCCAUCAUCCCGUCAGACAUGUUGCACAUCAGUACCAACUGCCGCACAGCGGAGAAGAUGGCGCUGACGCUGCUGGACUACCUCUUCCACCGUGAGGUACAGGCCGUGUCCAACCUGUCGGGCCAGGGUAAACAUGGAAAGAAGCAGCUCGACCCCCUCACCAUCUACGGCAUCCGGUGUCACCUUUUCUAUAAAUUUGGAAUCACCGAGUCUGACUGGUAUCGGAUCAAACAGAGCAUUGACUCCAAGUGCCGGACAGCAUGGCGGCGGAAGCAGCGAGGGCAGAGCCUGGCCGUCAAGAGCUUCUCACGGAGGACACCAUCUUCAUCCUCAUACAGUGCCUCAGAGACCAUGAUGGGCACCCCUCCUCCGGCCAGCGAGCUACAGCAAUCCCAGCCGCAGGCCCUGCACUACACACUGGCCAACGCACAGCAGGUGCAGAUCCACCAGAUUGGAGAGGAUGGACAGGUCCAAGUAAUUCCACAGGGCCACCUCCACAUCGCCCAGGUGCCUCAAGGGGAGCAGGUGCAGAUCACGCAGGACAGUGAGGGCAAUCUGCAGAUCCAUCACGUUGGCCAGGAUGGACAGUUUGAUGGCGUUUGCACAGGUAGCUGCGUGUGGGACAAGUCGUGGGGCCUGUGCCAGAAUCCCAUUCCUGUCAGCGCUGACUCAGUGGCCCAGGCUAAUCCCUCCCAGCUUUGGCCUCUGGGAGGAGACACACUUGAUCUGCCUGCUGGAAAUGAGAUGAUCCAGGUGCUGCAGGGAGCUCAGCUUAUAGCCGUGGCCUCUUCAGACCCUGCUGCUACAGGAGUGGAUGGGUCGCCGCUCCAGGGCAGUGACAUCCAGGUUCAAUACGUCCAGCUGGCACCUGUGAGUGACCACACGGCUGCAGCACAGACGGCUGAGGCGCUGCAGCCCACCCUGCAGCCCGAAAUGCAGCUUGAACAUGGAGCCAUCCAGAUCCAGUGAGAGUUCGAGGCACAGGAGAGCCUCACCUGCCGCCACCACUCACCUACUCCAGGCCCUGCUCUCCUGCUCCAGCAGGGCAUCUACAGGUUCUGCUGCAGGGCAUCUGCGAGCUCUUCCUCCCGGGGAAGGUCCUAGCCACCCCUGCCGGAAGGUGCCUGGGCUGUGAGCCCCGCUGCUGGUCUCUGGAGGAGAAGCAUAGUAGGAGUGCAUCGAGUACAUUCAGAAAAACACGAACUACGAUAUUUUGUUUAAACAGCUUUUUUUAAUUUGCUAUGGUGUUUAUAACAAAAAUGAAAAUUGAGAAAAAAAAAAAAACAACAACAAAAGCCACAGCGUGAGUAGCAACAGCCUUUGCUGUGCGCCCUGUUCAGUGUCCUGAUGAUGGGUGUUUGGAAGACGGCCGAUGGUCCUGGAGCGCCGUGGACCCACUUUUCUAGGGGAAGUGCUCCGCACUGUAAUUAUGCAUUUCUAAUGAAAUAAAAUGUAUUUAU